AUGUCAUCAUCAUCAUCAUCCAUCCAAAUCACCCUCCGCCUACCCUCCCGCUACACCAACCCCUCGUCCUCCUCAUCCUUAGGAAAACCCAAGUUGAUAAACCCCCCUCCCCUUUCAUUUCUCCACCGCACAUGGACAGUAACUCACUCAACCCUCUCCAUGUGGCGCUCCUCCCGCAACGUGCGCAUCACAUACGGCGCCCUGUCUGCCAACCCCAACCAGCCAGAGCGCAUGACCGACCUAGUCCAGCACGAACCCAUCUUCAAAGGGGAUGACAACGAAGAGGUACGCAAGCGCAAAGGAAGUGUCAAGCGCAUCCGUGGCGUCGAUACCGUCAGCCUCCGGGAUGAAAACAACACCAGCACAUUGUCGUGGGACUGGAGGGGUAGUGGCUGGUUGUUCUGGAUAGGCAGUCACUGGGAGGUGCUGGGAUGGGGGGAGAAAGUUGUCGAGGGGGAGGUGGUUGAGAGAUGGGCUGUGACGUGGUUUGAGCAGACGUGGGUUACCGAGGAGGGGAUUGAUGUUUAUUCCGAUCGGAAGGAGGGCGGGAGUGAGGAAGUGGUUAGGGCGAUUAUGGAGGAGUUAAGGAGGGUUUGCAAAGGGCAGGGCAGGUUGGAGGGGAUCGUAGGGAAGAUGAGGAGCGUGGAGGUCAGGUUGCCAUGGUUGGAAUGA